GCUGACUCCACUCCCAAAGUUUCCAACUGCAAAGUUUGCUCCUCCAGCUGCCGCGGGCGAAGGAAGCUUAGGGACCCCUCCCGCGCUGGGACUUUUGCUCCCCGCAUUCCAGCCCCCACGUUCGCGCUCUGCCAGGAGAGGCCUGUGUCUGCAGAUUUUUCAUCUUCCCUCAGCACAGAAACGAGCUGCUCGACCCCCAAGGGAGCAAGUUAAGGAAGAAGAUGUGGAAGGUGCCAGUUUUGCUGUUGGUUUUGGGAAGAGCAUCGGGAAUUCUGGCAGGAGCCAUCACGGUCCUGCCGGAAGAUGACAUCACGACUCCAGGUGUGGAAGAUGUCCUGGUGACCCGAGGUGUGGAAGAUGACGUGGUGACCCCACAUGCCAGUAAAGAGCCCUAUUGGUCUACUGGCUUGACAGCUGUGGUGCCCACAAGUACAAAGAGCACAGCCAUUUAUAGAGAUGAUCAGUCAACUCCAGAAAGUACAGUCCAUGCCCGAGAAGAGAGCCAGAGCACCACAACCUCGUAUGUGGCCACGAGUCACUCCAUGGAGGACACACAGACAACAGUUGAGAAAGAUGGCUUGGCGACAGGGACCCUGGCUGGAAUCAUAGUUGGAGUCUUACUAGCCGUUGGAUUCAUUGGUGGGAUCAUCACUGUGGUUGUACGGAAAAUGUCAGGAAGGUACUCGCCCUAAAGAGCUGAAGAAUUGUGCCCUUCCGCCAACAUGUUAAAAGAGAGAGUGUCCCACCGCCCCCAUCCCUGAGCACGUGGGAGAAGAUGACCCAUGGAAAUGGCUGGCCACCCCACUCAAAGUCCAUGGUGAUCCCUCCACUUCCCAGAAGUAACCGACGGAAACACAAGUCACCAGACUUGUUCUUCUAGCGUUUGUCUUUUGAGAAUUUUUUAAAAAUAUGCAUCUUGUAAAAGAUGAUUUAAAAGACAAAAAUGCAUAGAAAAUGGAGCAAAACUAUGUAAAUUGAUUUGUAACUAAGGUAGAUAAUGUAAUUCCAUCGAUGUUAGAAACUGUAAUCACGUCUUGGUUCUGACCAGUCUCUGUUAUUGUUAAAAUGCAAAGGACCCUGAAAAAUAUUUAUGCCAGUGGAGUGCUUGGGUCUAGCACUGUCAGUUAAGUGGCAGAAGCAUUUUGUAAUUUCUGAUCUGUUGAAAUGUACACAUUCCAGUCUAGUUUGGCCGACUUUUAAAGCCUGACUUGGUGUGAAUAAUCAAGUAGGAAACCUAAACCUGGGUAAUUUGUAAUAAGCAACUGCCUUUCACUGCCAGAUAAAUAAUUUCCAAGGCAUCUACUUUAGAUCAUAAACAGGAAGUCCAUACUUUAGAGAAGCCAUUUUGCUUCUCACAACAAGGCCACCCAGGCAGCCUGCAGGCUUGCUUUACCGUCCUCUCCAGUGAUGAUUUGAUGACUCAAAGGUUUGCUCCUACUUGCCCCCUCCACUUCCCUCAGAUGAUGGAGAGCCAGAGCUAAAGGGAUGGCCUUUCAUUCUCAUGAUGCAACUCCUUCAGGUUGGCUGCGUUGUUCUGGAAUACAGAGAUCUCAGCCCUGAUGAUGGCCAAAGAGGCUGAGGGGGUCCAGUGGUGCCAGAGGCUCAAGUGUUCCAGAAAUCAACAACCCUGGUAGUCCCCAAACAGAAAGAAACCCUGUGUAUGCCUCCGGCAUGGGGCAUGGAAACUGCCAGCUUCCUAACAUUAAUUUUAUGCCUCAGAGGAAAGAUUUGGGAAGCAAAAAUAAUCUUGUAAAAUAAUAAUUUUUAAAAAGCAGCUGGACUUAAAAAUAGAAGAUAUUCCCCAUCUUCAUGAUAUACCACAUGUUUCUGUGGGGUCGUAAUUGAGAGGAUCAAAAUAAAGAAGCCUAAGCUGCCAUUCUGUGUUGGCACCAUCCAACUCAGUACAUUUCUUCCCAGAGGUCAACGGAAUGGAUUUCCCUAAACGAAAAGUUUUUAUACCGAGCAGAUGCUCUGUGGUGACUGAUCGUGCAGUUCUGACAUCCUCUAAACCAGGGGUGUCCAAACUUGUUUCAACGUUUUUCACCAAGGGCCCUAUGCGGUAAAAUACACAAACAGCCGGGCCACUCACUCGAGGUGAAGUACGUAUUGCCUCACCUGGUUUAUU